UGCCAUGGACAAGUUCAAAGGUCUGGACAAUCGAGCCAAUGCAGGCGGAAGGGACGUGGAGCUAGACUCCACCCACCAGAACGCCAUCUCCGAGAUCCUGCUGCACACGGGGUCGCGAGAGAACGUGUCCAAGUUUGCCACCGUUGGCGUGGACGGGCAGCUGGUGAUCUGGGACUGCAAGAGCCUGGAGUCCUCCAUCGCCGGCCUCCGCUUCAAAUGAACUCCAUCUCUGGAGAGAGACACUCUGUAGUGACUGAUGUAGUGAUAGACAGACAACCUUAGGUCUGUUGUUGAUUGAUUCGAUUCCCGUUAUAAUUUUCGGCAUGCGUUUUUGCAACGGAGCCGCAACGGUUACGUCGUUUCCAUGGGAACCGGCAAUCCCGAUAAACAUAGCUUCCAGCGCAGCCGGAGGCGACGUUUGUGCAGAGCCUUUCCCGCCGUUUCUCUUCGUCUGUGUUUUUUGGAGAAGAGAGAAAAUGUCCGCGCGAACUCAUCCAGUAAGCAGGCAGCGCUCGCCAGACGACCAGGAGAACAGCGGGAUUUCAGGGGCGGGAGCAUGGCUGGACGCCCACUACGACCCCGUGGCUUCUCUCUACACCUUCUCCUCCUGCAUGGCUCUGGAGGACCUCAACAGGGAUGGAGACCACAAGGGACCGAGUUUAUCAUUUGAGACUCCGCUCCUUGACCUCCCGCACGGGGGUCAGCGACUUUUACAUGGACAGCCACUGACCCCCGAACUCCAGCCGUUGCCGUGGCAGCAGGCUCGUUGUCUACGUCUACAAGAACUCCGCCCCUACUUCAAUUUACCUUACCCCACCUUCAGUAAAUCACUGUCAUUUCCCAUCCUUCACAUCCCUGUUUCUGUCACUCUCAGAGAGGGGAACAAGGAGGUACCACUGAGUGUGAGAUCACUCAAGUACCUGCAAUUGGAGGACGACGCGGAGCUGCAAGCCUCGUUCCUGGCCACCUUCAGACACAUUCCCCUCCGGAGAAAGAGUGUCAUCACCGCCAUGGCCAUCUUGAAGAAAAGCCACACAGAGGAUGACGCCGUCAGCUGCCUGGUGGUGGCCUCUGAGAAUGGAGACAUCUACGUUCUCGAUCCCGAAGCCUUCACCGUUUUGAAACAGUUCUUGCUCCCGUCUCCUGCAGUAUUUCUGUCAGUGACUGGACUGCAUGAUGUGGACUACCACAUCUCCGCUGCCUGCAGAGACAACUGCAUCUACACCUUCAAGAGUGGAGCUAGUACGACGCCGCGCUACAAGAUCCCCCUGGCCUCCCAACCGUGCGGUCUCCAGAGAAUCAACAAGGACGUAGUUGUGGGCUGCAUGGACGACAGUCUGGCCAGCUACAGCGUGAAGGGACGCAGACAAUGGAGUCUUCGUCUGCCUGCCUCUCUCACCUGCAUGGAGCUACUCCACCAUCGCCCGCGCUCCUUCAAGGCGGUGGUGGUGGCCCUCCAGAAUAGAGAGGUCCGCAUCUACAAGGACAAGUUCCUAGUCAACUGCAUCACAGUGGAUGACGUGGUGGUAGGUCUGAAGUUUGGACCGUUUGGCAGAGAGGACGGAGUCCUACUGAUGGUAACGCAGGGUGGAGCCCUGCUCGUCAAGAUCCUCAAGAGAUCGGUCAGUUUCGAGGCAAAGGACCUCACCCCUGGUCCACCGGCAGCUCAGCUGGAUAAACUCAACAUCCCCAAGAGAACCAGGGUGUAUGUGGAGCAGAUGGCCAGGGAGAAGGCCAAUGCCAGCACGAUGCACAGUGUGUUCCAGCAGGACCUGUCCAGACUGAGACUCCAGAUCACACAAGCCUACGCCAAGGCAGUCACUAGCAGACUGACUCCGCUCACUGCCUCCCCCGACUGCUCCCUCAAGAUAGCCGCACAGGUGCAGGGUCUGGGUCCAAUAUUCAGGUUGACAGUGACAGUCCAGAACACGUCUCCAAGUAAACCAGUGACCAACUGUUACAUAACCUUCAGAUGUGACGAGGGCCUCUAUCGGAUCACCAGGAAAUUCAUUCAGAUGCCUCUGUUGGUGCCAACUGUUAGCUACAAUUUCGACACGAUGGUGCAGUGCACAGAUGACAUGGGGAGAGCAGAGGAGAUCAGUGUCUAUGUGGUCCAAAACCACACCUCCACUCCCCUCAUUACAGCCGUUCUCAACAUGCCUGUCAGCGAAACAAUUAUCGUCACUUGAUAAAAAUGUUUUUCACCGACCAAUAUUUCAUAAUCAUAACGUAAGAGCGGAAAUUGCGGCAUUGUUGUUUUGAAAGUUAGAU